UGCAGCAGGUGAAAAUCCGGGGGCGCAUUUAUGGCCUCCGGCGUCCUCCUCGGCUUAUAAAUCCUUCUCGGUACCCCCAUUGAUUGCCCAACGUCACUCCCAUCUCUGUGUCGCCAGCCGGAGUUUGAUAUCCAUCGAUCCAUCUAGUCCACGGCCAGAGGUGAGCCGUGAGCGCGUAGACCGGCCAUUCGCGUGUGGUCGUCGGGGAGCCGGAGGCCAUGGGGAGGACUCCGUGCUGCGACAUCAAGGGGCUGAAGAAAGGGCCGUGGACGCCGGAGGAGGACAAGCUCCUCCUGGACUACGUCCAGGCCAGCGGCCCCGGCAACUGGCGCAUGCUCCCCAAACUCGCCGGGCUGAACCGGUGCGGCAAGAGCUGCCGGCUGCGGUGGACGAAUUACCUCCGGCCGGACAUCAAGCGCGGGCCCUUCACGCCCGAGGAGCACAAGUCCAUUCUCCAGCUCCACGCUGUCGUCGGCAACAAGUGGUCCAUGAUCGCGGCGCAGCUGCCGGGCCGGACGGACAACGAGAUCAAGAACUACUGGAACACCAACCUCAAGAAGCAGCUCCGCCAGGCGGCGCUCGCCGGCGAGCACCCCGCCCUGGCCGCCAUCACCACCACCGCCGACAGCCCUGCAGGCACUGCCGCUACUAUCUCCAGCAGCCCCGCCGCGCGCCACGCGGCCCAGUGGGAGACGGCCCGCCUGGAAGCCGAGGCGCGCCUCUCCCUCCUCUCCACCUCCGGCGCCGCAGCCGCGACCGCGACCACCUCGUCGUCCUCGUCCACCGUGGCCGCCGCCGACGCCGAGCACUCGGCGCCCGACAUCUUCCUGCGCCUCUGGAACUCCGAGGUCGGGGAUAUCUUCCGCAGCAGCAGCUCGACCGCGGCCGUGGCGCGCGAAGAGGACGCGGGGGUGCUACUACAGCGGCAGGAAGGAGUGCUGCUGCCGAUGGAGCCCAAGCCGGCGGAGGACUCGUCGGCGACGUCCAACGUGACCACGGCUGCCUACGGCUUGACGGCGGAUGAGUACCAGGUGUUCCUGGACAUGGCGGCCGAGGAUCUCGGCGGCUUCUUCCACGGCGGCGGCUUCUCGCAGAUCUACCAGUCGCCGUCCCUGUUCGCCGAGUUCCAGUAAAAGAAAAAAAAAAAGC